UCUCCUGCCCAUGUGGCUCUGGGCUUUAGAUAAAUCCCAGUCGCUGUUUCUUCUCCCUCCUCCCUCUCUUGAAACACAGAUUCCGGCGGGGUAGGCGGCGGUGAGGGGAUGGGGGAAAGCUUGUUCUCGUCGGAGCCGAUAUCGUUGAGGAUGGAUAGGAGGUCUCCAGAAGCGGUGAGGUUGCGGGAGGCGAUCUGUAAGAAGCUAUGGGAGUUCCUCGGAGAUUAUUCCGACGACGUCCUAGCGGAUUACAUUGUAGUUCUUGUUUGUAAUGGCAAGCAUCAGAAUCAAGCACGUGAUGACCUACAGGCAUUUUUAGGGGAGCAGAGCGGGACAUUUGUAGCUUGGCUUUGGGAUUAUCUUUCCCAAGAAUUCAUUUCAAAGGCGACUCCGAACCUCUCUAAUCUAGAAGUCAAAGCAACAAAUAAUCAUAGUAACAGUUUGGACAGGGACUAUAAAAAGAGCAUACUUGCAGACCAUGAUGCUCAAUCAGUUUCGUUAUCGAAGGAUAAGAAUGGAUCAUCGGAACAGCCAUCAUGUCACACAACUUCAAACAACUUUAAACCUUCCCAAAUGAUGGAGAGACUCCGGCCUUGUUCCCCUAAUUUAGAUAAACGUUCACUUGCAGUAAAUACGGAGAGGUUGAAUGUACAAGAGAUUGCUCUUCAAAAGAGGUCCGGUUCAAAUAAUGGUAAUUUCACUGCAGAUGCAAAAAAUAUUUCAUCUUCAAUUACGUGCUCUCAUGAAGUUUUAUCUGUUGGGAAGCAGUCUUUGCGUAAUGAACUUCCAAACCGGAAGAUACUAAAAAGUGAUUCCAGUACUGUACCUUCUCAAUGCCUCCCAGAACCUAAGACAGAACAAACUGCAAUAUGUUUGCGAUCUGUUAUUGCAGAAGAGCAUCAAUUAAGGCCUUCAUCCAGUAGAGAUUUUUCUGAAGCAAGGCUGCCUUCAACUGCCAUGAAUGAUUUGUCGUAUCAAACAGCUCGUUUACGAGGCAAUGUUUGGGAUAGAUUAGGAAAGCCUUGUGUAGAAGAUAAGAUACCAAUUAAAGAAGAGCAACGUGGUCAUCUUGAUUUAAUUGAUACUGGAAAGCUAGAACUUCUAGAAGAAUAUCAAAAUCCCAGGUUGACAGGGUUUUCAACUGUAGCUAGCGCAAUUAGCAACUUUAAUAAACAAUCUUAUACCAUUGAUAGAGGUGAUGCAGAAACUGUUAAACUUUCUGGUGAUUGUAGAACUUCAGAUAAAAUGGUAGAAGCAAGCACAUUAAAAAGGAAGGGACAUAUGUGUGAGCUUAACAGCAACAAUGGCUCAUCCAGCAAGGAGAAUUUUAUUCAAGACAAAGGUUAUUCUCAGCAUCAACGACAGUCAUUUCUUGUCAAGCAGAACCGUGAACAAAGCGUGAACAAGUUUGCUAGAGUAGCUGAUAAAUUGGUUGCAUCUGAUGCUAAGAUUGAUUUAAUAAAUCCUGGGCCAGACUGCAAAGCCACUGUAGUUUUUAAAUCUCAAGUGACAAAUAAUUCAGUGCCUUUACCUUUGGAAAAUCUGGUUCCUGUCAGCACAACGCUGCCAGUUAAUUCUAAAUCUCAGAGUAUAGUAGAUGGUGGGAAUGCCAACAAGAAGCCUGUGCAAGAAGAUGUUCUUGCUGUUAAAUCAAGACUUCGUCAGAUUGAAAUGGAUAUGCUCAAGCUUCGUUCAAAUCAGGUCGUACUGAGCACCGAUGGUGGAAAACAAAAAUCUUCAGUUUUGCAAAAUCUAUCCAAGGAAGUUAUGGAGUCAAGGACAGUUCUUGUGGCAAAUGUACAUUUUGCUGCAACAAAAGAAUCUUUGGUUUCACACUUUGGAAAGUGCGGCACUAUUGUUAAAGUUAUAAUGUUAACUGAUGCUGUAACCGCUUUGCCUAAAGGUGCAGCAUACAUUGUUUUUGCAAAUAAGGAGUCAGUUGACAGGGCAAUUUCCCUGAGUGGCACCUCCCUUUUCUCUCGGAUUCUUAAGGUUAUUCGGAAAGCUGAAGUUCCUCCAGAUUUCUUGGUUCCGUCGCAGCCUGCUCUGAAGCAACUACAGCCAUUUUAUCCUCAGCCCUACGGGAAGAUUCCUGUGCAGAAACCACCCACAAGUUCUCAUCUUCAGUGGCGGCGUAUCCCGAGCUCCGCCGGAGAGAGCUCUUUAACCGCGUCAUCAAAUGGACGAGGACCAUCAAAUUCUGUGGGGUAGGAUUCCUAAAUUAAAUUUUAUGCAGAAAUCUUUGAUAGAAGCGUAUCAAUAAUAGUUUAGGAAAUAUAAACUGAAGAGGUUAUAUUAGUAUUGUCUUUCAGAGCAGCUAUUAUUUGACAAAAGGUUUCUGGGACAAAUGCUAGAAAUAUAUUACAUUUUGGAUGAAUAGUUUAUUAUUGUUCAAAUCUCGCGCGGCUUCUUUUCCAUGUAAUGAUUUAAAGCCUUGUGCUUUUUAUCGAGCCCGUGCCAUUCCACAACCGGAUGGAGCUUCUGAUCAGGAAAUGCGUAUUUAGAUGAAUUUGAAUUUUACUUUUAUCAUUAAAUGAUAAAGUUGUGUAAUUUGCAUGAAUGUUUUAUUUCAGCAUGAAAUAAUGAUUUGGUAGUAUGAACAUGUGUAGUAUGUUUAAUUACUUGGAUUAUUGUUUUUGAAUAAGAUUAUGCAACUUUGGAAGGCUUAUUGGG